CUAAUUCAGAGAAAUGGCUGCCGCCGCGCGCCCUCUCGUUACCAUCCAGCAUAUUGAUUCCGAUAUGGCUACCGACGGCGCCUCAUUGCCUCUCCCGGACGUUAUGAAAGCGUCGAUCCGUCCCGACAUUGUCAACUUCGUUCAUUCGAACAUCUCCAAGAACUCCCGCCAGCCUUACGCCGUUUCCAGAAAAGCCGGCCACCAGACCUCCGCCGAGUCAUGGGGUACCGGACGUGCAGUGUCCCGUAUUCCCCGUGUGCCUGGUGGCGGUACUCACCGUGCCGGUCAGGGUGCCUUUGGUAACAUGUGUCGUGGUGGACGUAUGUUUGCUCCUACCAGGAUCUGGCGCCGAUGGCACAGGAAGAUUAACGUGAACCAGAAGCGAUACGCCGUCGUUUCGGCUAUCGCCGCUUCUUCUGUGCCUUCGCUCGUGAUGGCACGAGGCCACCGGAUCGAAUCUGUUCCGGAGCUUCCCCUUGUGGUUAGUGAUUCUGCAGAGGGAGUUGAGAAGACGCAAAAUGCUAUCAAGGUGUUGAAACAAAUCGGAGCAUAUUCUGAUGCUGAGAAAGCAAAGGAUUCUGUUGGAAUUCGUCCAGGUAAGGGGAAGAUGCGUAACCGUCGAUACAUUUCUCGUAAAGGACCAUUGAUUGUAUAUGGAACUGAAGGUGCAAAGCUCGUGAAGGCUUUUCGCAAUAUCCCUGGCGUUGAGAUUGCAAAUGUUGAGAGAUUGAAUCUGCUCAAGCUUGCUCCUGGAGGUCACCUUGGCAGGUUCAUAAUCUGGACGAAAUCGGCUUUUGAGAAGUUGGAUUCGAUCUACGGGUCCUUUGACAAGACUUCUGAGAAGAAGAAGGGUUAUGUUUUGCCUAGGGCUAAGAUGGCAAAUGCUGAUUUGGCUAGGAUUAUCAACUCUGAUGAGGUGCAGUCUGUUGUAAAGCCAAUCAAAAAGGAAGUAAAGAGGGCUCCAAUGAAGAAGAACCCACUGAAGAACUUGAACACCAUGCUCAGGUUGAAUCCGUAUGCAAAGACCGCUAAGAGGAUGGCGGUGCUUGCUGAGGAACAGAGGAAGAAGGCUAAGAAGGAGAAGCUUGACAAGAAAAGGAAGCCCAUAACCAAGGAGGAAGCUACCAAGAUUAAAGCAGCCAGCAAAUCAUGGUACAAGACGAUGAUUUCUGACAGCGACUAUGCGGAAUUUGAUGUUUUUACCAAGUGGCUAGGUGUUUCACAAUGAUUUUCCCAAUAUUCUCUUAGAACUUGUUCUUUAAAAUUUUGUUUUGGUUAAAGAAAACCCAUGUUUUUUUUACUCUGAUCUCAAACACAAGAUUGAUUCAACUUUGUUUUUAUCUU